CCAUACAAACUUGUCAAAUUUUGAUCUUGUCUAUUAAUUAGCAUUGAAGAGAAUAAACAGAGUGAAAAAAAAUGCGAAGGCAGCUCGGCGUGGGGCUGCUCACUAAAAUCGCAAAAAAUGGGGGUUUAACCAACUCAUUGCUGCCGAAAUCCGCGUCUCCAUCGCCAUUCCUGAAGCCCGAUUCGAGCCAAUUUCAUCACCGACGCUCUUUCUCGGAGUCUUCCACUCUCUCACGUUCCAAUUUAUGGAAAUUAUGCAGUUCUAAUGGCGUUAGAGAGGCGAUCCGAAAUGGGGGUUUUGCAGGGCGAUCGAAAUUUCCUGUUGCGAUGCGUGACAGAAGAUUAUUCAGCUCGUUUUCACUCGACCAACGCCGCCGCAGGGGUUCAUUUUUCAGAAGAUUUACAGCUGAUGGAGUUGUGCUAGGAUUAAUAGCGACAAAUGUUGCUGUCUUUAUACUAUGGAAGGUUGCAGACAAUUCGUUUAUGGUGAAGAAUUUUAUGAUAUCUGUAGACCACAUUCUAAGUGGCCGGCUCCACACGCUAAUAACCAAUGCUUUCAGCCAUAGAGACGCGGUUCACCUUUUUUCAAAUAUGAUCGGACUCUACUUCUUUGGAACAAGUAUAGCACAAACUUUUGGACCGCAAUAUUUGCUUAAGUUGUAUCUAGCCGGUGCACUUACUGGCUCAAUAUUUUAUUUGGUAUAUCAAGCUUUCAUAGCACCAUCAAUCUACAGGGAUGAUCUGCGAGGUGUUUCCCACUCGAGAGUUCCAGCACUGGGUGCAAGUGCUGCUACGUCUGCGAUAAUGCUGCUUGAUAUCUUUUUAUAUCCAAAAAGGAUCAUCUUUCUCGAUCUCAUUUUCCCAGUUCCUGCUUUUUUAGUGGGGGUCUUUAUCGUUGGCAAGGACAUUUUGAGGGUACUGCAGGGCGACCUAGAAGUUGCUGGAUCUGCUCAUUUAGGUGGAGCGGCGGUGGCUACCGUUGCUUGGCUGCAGAAGAGGAAGGGGCGCUUUGGACGUUUCUGAUCGUACUUUGCGGUUUCUCGAUUAAACUGCCAUUGCACUAGUUAAAGCAAGCUCAAAUUUUGGACCAAAAUUUGAAACCAAGGGGAUUCUACCUCUUUUGUACAAGUCCAACUCCACCACUACAAUUGUUGUAAUAAAUUCAUUCAUUCUAUGAUUCAUUAUUAUUUUUAUAAAUUGAUUAAUUAGUUAUGCUUAA